AUGGCGGACGCUAAGAGCAAGAGCAGGCCCGGCAGGCGCUCCAAGUGCUCACCAAAGGACCAGGAGGAACAGCAGGCUCAGAGCAGCCCGCAAGCGGACGCAAGGACAACGCCCUGGAGCACUACCUCGGAGAAGAUCAAAGAUCUGGUGGCCAAGGGGGAGUGGGUGCCUGCCGGCGCUGUGCCGCAAAAACAUGUUGGCAUGGAGGAAGUCCUGGACGGCGCAAGCCUGGGCGCGGCAUUUUCCGGUGCUGAGGAUACUCAGACGACGCUGCGGUUCAUGGGCGUUCUGGGCGACAUCGACUUCUCCAAGCCCGGCCCGGCUGGCACAACGGUAACGUGCACAGACGUGGUCUCCUCGCUGGAGUACUUCUACGCAGCAGAGAAGCCACCCGAGGAGCUCCCAACAAUCACAGUACUUUACAGUUCUGACACAAAGAGGGGCGAGUUCCUGCCAAUCACGAGAUUGGCCCAACUGCAUGCUUUCGUGUCGGCCUGGCACGAUGCGAAGUCCCCGGAGCUGAGGGCGAAGUAUGCAAUGCGUGCAUCGGCAGUCCCACUUGCCCUUGUGAAAGGGUCCAGCGACUCGGCAGAGUGCUUCUGGAGAAUACACCAGCACGGGGAAACCGUGCAACAGGAGGGAAACCAGUGCUGCAUUCGACUAUGUGAUCGCUUGAAGCAGUUGCAGCAGCUCCACCGCUCCCUGGGCAAACCCUCGACUGCGAAGGACCUCUACGCUGAGUUCGAGGCACGCGUGAAGUCCCAUGAGCUGUCGUUUGCCAGCGAGGAUUCGGCGGCGAUGGCCUCAGAGUGCGGGUACGGCACGAAGGUUGCUACUUGGACACGAGCCAGCCUCCAAGAGAAUGUCAAGGCGGUUCUGGGAACAAGGCGCGUGAUGGAGGCCGUGAUCGACCAGUGCAGCCCCCGUCGGGAUGACUCGUCCACGGUUGAGGCAGCCGAGUGGAAGAAGGAGCUGUCCUACUUCGUGGAUGCAGGGAACCUGCCCUUGCUCGAGAGGGCUCAGGUGCCUGGCCACAUGCUCCUUGGAAAGACCGAUGCGGAAGUCGGUGUUCUAAGGCUGCUGGUGGACUUUGCGAACUUGGACCACAUGAAAACCAUGUAUGUUGUGACGGGCGCAACCGAUGUUGUGUCGGCCCAGCUGAGCGACCCGCGGACGCAAGGCUUGCUAAGCGAGGUGAUCAAAAAGUACGUGGAUGAGCAUGUCAAGGUCCUUACUACAACACCGGAGCCUGCGACGGCCGUUGAGACCAGCGUUGAGCCUGAAAAGGACACUGCCACUACGGCACCUGCUUGGAACGACGGCGAUGUCGCUGGUGAUGCGCCGGGAGUUGCUGCUGGUUCAGAGGAACCUGCAACGCACAGUAGUAAAGUGACGAAGAAAGCCAUGGAGGAGUGCGACAGAUACAUGCACUUCUUUGUGGCAGACAUCCAGGAUGCGAAUGCUGUGUCCGGAGUGUUGAAGUUAAAGACGCAGAUGGGUCGCGAUGGGGCCGACCUGGAUGCCGCAAUGUUCGGCAAGGAGGCCUCUUGUUCCUCGACUAUCCGUGCAGCUCGGAAUGUGGUGCGGGACAUCGGGGAGAAAGGGGCUCGUGCUAGCGGCGGGUUGCUAGAACUGUCCAGAUGCAAAGAGGAUGACGCUGAGAGGGACACUCACCGUCUGUUAGUCAAGCGGUAUCGUCUCAGUCUAGAGAAAGAAAUCCCCCUCAAAUACCUCGAGCUGAAGAACAAACGACUCGCCAUCUUGCGACUUCGGGACUGGAUGCAAUUCCUUAUCGAUUCUCAUUGUUGGCACAUCGUGACUGGGCUUGUUGGCCGGGACGAGGCCCGAGAAGAGGCCAUACUCAAUGAAUUCUGGUCGAGGUACAAAGUCUCCCACCCCAGACACCCCAUAUUCCAAUUGGAGGCAAAAGGUCUGUACCUGGGCAGAUGCGCCCCGCUGAUUUAUCACGGCGACGAAGGACGAGGCAAACGCAGAACAGCAUUUCUGGUCACCAGCUAUUCGUCGAUCCUAGGGCGCGGCAGCGCCCCUGCAGACAAAGCUCGCAAACGAAACGGAGUCCGAAAAGAGUAUCUGAAACUUCGAACGAACUUUCGAGGUCACUCGUUCACGAACCGUUUCUUCCAGGCUGGCUGGCCUAAGGCCAUCUACGACAACGAGGAAAAUGGAGCUUUCGAGUUGCUUCUUCAGAACUGCAAAGAUGAGAACGACUUCUUGAUGUAUCAAGGCUUAUGGGACCAAGGACGACACAAAAAGUUUCAUGCCGUCAUUCUUGCGGUCACAGGAGAUUGGCCGUGGCUUUGCAAGUCUGGAAGACUCCUUCGGAAUUUUAACCAUGCCGUCAAGAAGCCCAAAGAUGCGGAAAACCCAACAGGGAUAUGUCACCUUUGUUUGGCGGGGCGACGGGAGCACGAUUUCGAGCACAUACAUACAGAAAGGCCGUCCUGGCUAAGCACUUUUUUGCAAGAAGACCCCUUCGAUGAACCCUCGGUAUUGGCAACACUUCCGCACGAGCCUGGGGGGGCUGCCUCGAUCUUCCGAUUUGACUUGUGGCACUCGUGCCACUUGGGCAUUUGCAAGCCGCUGAUUGGUUCAACGCUGGCGCUACUCAGCGAAACUUAUGCUGGACGGUCCAGAGACGCCCGCUUCAUGCUUUUAUCAGACGACUUCCUGACGUGGUGUCGGGAGAACAAGCGGCAAGCUCUUUUGCACAAGGUGACAAAGGAAACAAUAUGUUGGCCCAAAUCCACAGAGUUCCCUAGCGGCUCAUGGUUCAAGGGUUCCUUGUCAACCACCUUCUGCGAAUUUAUCGAAGCGACCUUAUCAGACAAAACCUUUGAGGACCCAUUGCUGACGAGGAGUGUCGAGGCUGUGCAAGCCUUGAACAAGUUUCUUUCGGGCUUGUAUGAAAGCGACGUGUUCCUCGAUCGUCACACGGCAACAACUUUGGGUCACUAUGGCCUGCGAUUUCUCAGGAGAUAUUCGUGGUGCGCUACAGAGGCUGUGCGCCAGCGUCGAUGCCUUUUUAACUUGCUUCCGAAAUUACAUUGUGUACACCACAUCUGCCUUCAGGAUCUCAUCGAGCCGGCCCAGCGCCAUGAUUACAUCAUCAACCCCCUCGUGUACUCGGUGCAGCUUGCCGAAGACUAUAUUGGUAGAAAUUCGCGAACCAGCAGGAGGCUCCACCCGGCCACAGUUACGAAAAGAGUAGCGGAGAGGCAUCUGCAGGCUGCAUACAGGCAGUAUCUAAAGGCAGGCUUCUUGGUGGAGGAUGCACCGGCAGCCAGCAGUGAGCAAGGAUGA